CUGCCCACUGCAGUCCACACUGGAGGCUGUGUUCACCUGGCUCCAGACGAACAGACCCACAGGAGAGGUCGGUCUACACCACCACCCGCACAGAGCAAACCCUGGUCUUUUCGUUCCACCUCCCUCAUGUUACCGAAGAAAGUCAGCAGGCCAAAGAAUCACAUCCUCAUGCCUGACUUGAUGGCCAAGGGCUUGCUGAUGCUGCAGAGUGUGGCAGGCCGGGACAACCAUACCCCACCACAGAAGCUUUCGAAAAAACAGCGCUCACAAAGCAAGUCAGCCCAGGCAGUCAACCGCUACUACAGAAAGAUGAGUGAAGUCAAGCCAGAUAUAUACUCCAAGGACAUCAUCCCCAAGGACACCAGUCUUGAGGACCCCAGCUCUGAGGACACCAGCUUUUUGUCUGAAAUGGAGAAGCUGAGGAAGGCGUUCCUCCUUCGUCCUGGAUGCCCCCAGCUUAACACCAGGGCCACAUCCAUCUCCCAGUGCGGUAUGGCCAUGGCAUUACCUCAGCCCAAGGUGCUGUCUAUAGACUCUGAGCACUGGAAGGAUGACCUCUCCAGCCAGCAGGAGGACGUGAAGGUGGAUGAGCCCCUCCCAUUCAGUAAGAGCGCCUGUGAGUUCCACUACCUGAGGCAACGAAGCCAGUCGAACUUGCUGAGCCCAGUCAGCAGCAGGCCCUCGAUGGAGCAGCCUUCCUCCAGGAGGAGGAUGCCCUGGUACAUCUCCGUCAUCCACGAGAAGGACCACUGUCUGUUUAUGCUGGGGGAAGAGGUGCACCGGCUGUCAGAGCUGAAGGUUCAGAUACUGAAGAAAGACAGGGAGAUCCAAGCACUGCAGGAGGAGAAGGAGGCCCUGAAGAAGCAGCUCAAGGACCUUCUCAAAAGCAAAAGCCAGGACAUGACCUUCAGCCAAGGCUCCAAGGAGACAGGCAUCAUAUCCUUAAUAGUGGCUGGUGGAGGUGAGGAGCCAGAAGUGGGCAUCUCUGAGGAGCAAGAGGGCGUGAAAAGGGAAGACGAGAGGGCAACAGAUGAGGUGUCCAAGAGCAGUGCAGAUAGCAAGGAGUCUGCACCUGAGGCCAGGGGUGUGCAGGAGGAGGAGGAGGAGGAGGAGGAGAAGGAUCAUGAGGAGGAGGACACGGUGAUUGAGCUGGAUGAGGAAAAGGAGAAUCUGAAUGAGGAGUGGAGACGCUCUCGCUCUAUGGAAGAUACCUUCGAAGAGGAGCUCAUGAUGCACCUGGGGGAGUUCGAGCGGGUGAUGCAGGAGUUCCAGUUUGAGCUGGAGGUCACCAGAGCCAGAUACUCCCUUGCAACAGGGGCCAUCAUGUCUUUACAACGCCAAGUGGACUACCAAGAAUCCCAGCUGCAAAAGAUCAACUGGGAGAAUGAGCUGCUGGAGAAGGAGCUCCGAGAGCGCAAGUGUCAGCUGCAGACCAUGUCUGACAAGUUCUCCAACCUCCGGGAAGAAAAGAAACAAGCAGAGAUGCUGGGACUGGUUGAGAAGGAUAACCUGAACCUCCGACAGAAAGUAUCAGAUUUGGAGACUGAGCUCACCAAGCGGGAUCAGACCAUCGCAGACUUUAACAUCAAAGUCAACCAGCUGCAAGAACAGGUGAAACAGCACCAGAACCAUCUUCAGAGGUGGAAGCAGUUGCAGGAAGAUAUGCAGAACAGGAACGAGACGAUACAUCAAGCAGAACAACAGCUCCGCGUGGCCCUGGAAAGUGUCCAGUCCAGGCUCGAAAGGCUGAGAAGUAAGAUCAUCCAGGCUGCUUUCAACAUCACUGGGAUCAAGUCUACAAGCACAGAGAUUUCUGACAAUGACAUCCUGGAAGCCCUACAGACCAUCAUCACGGAGAGGACAGAUUACUACAACCAACUGAAACAGAAAGGAAUCAAAAUGCCUCCCUUGCACCCAUCGGAGAUCUUUUCUUCAGUUAACAAGAUUAAGAAGACAGUUCCCAAGUAGACCUAGUCCAGGGCCCCAAAUGUGGUCUGCCCAGUGUAGAGAGCCAUCUGUGUGUCCCCAUGAGACCCUGCUUUUCCCUCUGCUUCAGAAUUAAACCCAGUGUUGGUUUUGGCUCA